UAUAUUCUCCCACUAGCUCCCACCUUCAUCUUAUCAAGGUGUCUCCUUGGAUGAUGUGUGUGUGACUGUGUGUGAGAGAGAUAGAGAGGAUGGAGUGUUACAAUGAGAAUGGUUUCUUGGAAGAGUUACUAGCCCAAAGAAGUGAUUCCUGGGAAACAAACAUUCCUGCAGGAGUGAAUGAUUUGAACACAAAUGGGUGGAGUUUUGGUGGGUUAGAAGAUUACCCAUAUCCCACAAUUCUAUCAAACACCCCAUCCUUCGAAGAUCAAUUCACCAUGCCAAUUGAUCAUCAGACGCUGAAUUGCUCCCCAUUCAGUGAAUUCUAUGAAUUCUCAGCUCCGGAGAUGACUGACAAUUCAUCCAACACCACCAACAAGCUGGAUACGCCGCCGUUUCCCGCCCACCAAGAGGACUACUCAUUCCCAAUCUUGGAGGACAAAGAACUGGGUGGGCUCCAGAAUCUGGAGGUUCUUCAAACUGCUUGUAAAAUGGAGCCAAUCCAAACAAGUCAUGAAGUCCCUGCUUUCAACAUGGGCAGUCUGUGCCAGGAGAGGAAGAGCAGCAACAGCAAAGUCAAGAAAAUGGAUGGGCAGCCUUCCAAGAACCUAAUGGCGGAGAGGCGGCGGAGAAAGCGGUUGAACGACCGGCUUUCGAUGCUCAGAUCUGUUGUUCCUAAGAUCAGCAAGAUGGACAGGACAUCCAUACUUGGUGACACAAUAGAUUACAUGAAAGAGCUGUUGGAGAGAAUCAACAAUUUGCAAGAAGAAAUUGAAGUGGGUUCAAAAGAGUUGAACAUAAUGAGCAUUUUCAAGGAAGUUAAGCCUAAUGAAGUGGUGGUCAGAAAUUCACCCAAGUUUGAUGUGGAAAGGAGAAAUAUGGAUACCCGAAUCGAGAUUUGUUGUGCCGGUAAGCAGGGACUGUUGCUAUCAACUGUGAGUACCUUAGAAGCAUUAGGCCUUGAGAUUCAACAGUGUGUUAUAAGCUGUUUCAAUGAUUUUGCAUUCCAAGCUUCUUGCUCAGAGGAAGUGGAGCAGAGAGCAGUAAUAAGUUCAGAAGACAUAAAGCAGGCACUCUUUAGAAAUGCAGGAUAUGGAGGAAGGUGCUUUUAGAGAUGAUGAUGACAUUAGAAAGGAAAAAAAAAAGGGGAAAGAUUUCUGAAUCUCUGUGCAUUUUCAGGGGCUUUGCAAGUGAGAGAGGUUGUAGUGAUUUUGUCUUCUAGAAUAAAAAUGGUUUCUUUUAUUAAAACCAUCUCAAAAACCAUUUCUGUAAUAUUUAUUUCAAGUGCAAAGUUUGUUAUUUUUAUUUA